CACCUUUGUUGCCGUACACUAGUCAACGACAGUCACUUCCGAGAGCAUCAAAUUAACCACCGAACAAUGAAACUACUACUGCCGGUUAUUUCAUUCGCUUUGGUUGCAGUCGCAGUAGUGCAAUCAACGCACAGUACUUCCUUGCAGGAUGAUUUAGACGAAUUCGUCGAGCUAUUACCGAUGGAUAAAAUUACCACCGUUGCCAUUCACUACUUUCUCACGGACCGGGAAGUACGGGCUGCUGUUCAAUACCUGAGAGGACCUGAGUUCGCUACCAUUUGGGAUCAGGUGUUCAGCCUCCAGGAAGUGCGUGACAUACUGAACUAUCUAGAACAGGAGGGAGUUCAUGCGUACCAGGCUUUGAACGAUUUGGCCAAACUGCUAGGAGUCAAGCCAAUUAAGCCGGUGAAGUUGGAAGAUAGCUUGUCGGUUAGUACCCGUGGUUUGAACGAUCUAAUCGAAGAUGUUGUAGCACUGAUACCAACGGACGAACUUCUAGCGCUAUAUGAGAAGAAAAUGUCUAGCAGCGAUCAGUUCAAAGCUUUCUAUAAUAUGUUAAACAGUACGGAUUUUCACAAAUUCGAGGAACUUUUCAAUAGCUCUCCCGAAUUACAAUCCAUGUUCCGGAAAUUGCGCGAGUAUGGAGUAGAUGUUGACCGGUUUUUAGAUCUUAUCAAAGGAUUUUUUGACUGGGGAUACUAGUUUCUAUCAACUCAAUGAAGCAGUUAUAACAAAGUCUUAGAAAAUGUUUCAAAAUUA